GACGCUUCAUGGAUUUUUGUCGUUUCGGUUUCAUCUUCUUCUUCUUUCUUUAGCACGAUUAAAGCCUCACUAGAUCCAUCAUCGGCCAUGGAUCAAUCUACAGCUACGGCUACGUCUCCGUCUUCCACUCAUUAUUUCUCCAUUUUCACGAAUUAUCCUCUGAUUUCCGCCGUCACCUCUUUCACUAUCGCUCAAUUCAUCAAACUCUUCACCUCCUGGUAUAGGGAACGGAGAUGGGAUCUCAAACAGCUUAUUGGGUCCGGAGGAAUGCCUUCUUCACAUUCAGCUACCGUUACAGCUCUCGCUGUAGCUAUUGGUUUGCAAGAGGGCUUUGGUGGAUCACAUUUUGCCAUUGCUUUGGUUUUGGCAUCUGUUGUGAUGUAUGAUGCUACCGGUGUUAGAUUACAUGCCGGUCGUCAAGCUGAGGUUCUCAAUCAGAUUGUAUACGAACUUCCUGCAGAACAUCCCCUGGCUGAAAGCAGACCUUUGCGGGAACUUCUCGGUCAUACCCCUCCCCAGGUCGUUGCUGGUGGAAUGCUUGGAAGUGCCACAGCAGUCACUGGAUACUUAUUUUUCAGGAUAGCUACUAGCUAACGGCUAGAACAUGCAUAGACACAACUCUUCUGCUUCAUUGCCUAUCGAAGCCACUGGACAGUACCAAAACAGAUUUACAACCGAAUCCGCGUUAAAAAAUAUUUAUUCUUGUU